ACAAAUUUCUGUUACAUCGACCCCAAAACCCGAAAUCGUUCUCAGGCAAGGACUUCGACAAUGGAGAAGAGAAGCAGAGAUGAAAAGAUGGGCGGGCCGGUUCCCCAGACGCGAGGCCCACCCGGAAGACAACUUCCGCCACCUCCUCCUCCGCCUCACUCCAGGGGUCCGCCGCCCCCGCCGCCUCGCCCCCGCUCCGAACCCAUCGACCGUGAAAAGACUUGCCCUCUGCUGCUCCGGGUUUUCACUAAGAUUGGAGCUCAUCACAGUGAGGUGGACUUUGCAGUGAGAGGCAAUGAACCCAAAGAUGAGGUUCAAAUUUAUACAUGGAAAGAUGCAACACUUCGUGAGCUAACUGAUCUCGUCAAAGAGAUUGCUCCAGAGGCUCGGAGAAGAAAUGCUAGGCUGUCUUUUGCUUUUGUAUACCCUGACAAGCGCGGUCGUUUUGUGGUGAAACAGGUUGGGAUGACAAAUUCUCAUGGAAACGGGAGACAAGUGGAUGAAAGCAAGGCACUGAAUGAUCUUAGCUUUCAGAUUGGAGAUUAUUUGGACGUGGCGAUUCUAUAGAGAAGAUGGCUGUGGCAUUAGCACUGAUGUUUCUUCGGAGGCAGCAUUUUGGAUGGAUCGAGUGGGAAGGAUGCCGUUAGAGUUUGAUGCGAUGCCCAUUUUAUUGGAUGUCUUAAGCUUUAGCUGCCUUUACUCAACUGUCUUGCGGAGGCCGUUUGGUAUGUUGUAAGGAUUUUUAAACUCUUCGGAAGGAUUUCUGUAAUCUUAGUACCGAUUUUAGUUCUUGCUGGAUACAAGCAUUUCAUAUUUAUUGAAAACAAACCCAAAUAGAAAUGCUUUACAACUUGA